GCCUUUAGUGGACAUAUUCCCCUUCUUCAGAGCUCUUCAUUAGAUCAAAUGUCCCCACGUCUUCUCAGCUAUGAGACGACAAAGAUGCUGCCGUCUGUGGCUAAAAAUGGCCAUCCUCGUGGCAUCACUGUGCAUGUUUUCCCUACUCGGCGGCCCUAAGAAGAGUAGGAGUCUCACCUACCACCUCAGGUACGGCUGGUUGGACUACACGGAUGAGGACGAAAACCCGGAGAAGGUUUGUGACUGCUCGGCCAUCCUGCAGGGAGAGCGGGAGGCGCUGGAGCGAGCCAAGUUGCUGACCCUUACCAAUGACUUCCGCAAGAGGGUCAACGUCCCUGAGGAGUUUUACACCAAUGCCACUAAAGACUGCAGGAAAUUCCAGGCAAGCAGGAAGUAUUUACCAUUCCCGUUAAGCCAGGAAGAGGAGACGUUCCCCCUGGCUUACUCAAUGGUGGUCCAUCAUAAGGUGCAGAAUUUUGAGCGUCUGCUCCGAGCAAUUUACACGCCUCAAAACCUUUACUGCGUCCACGUGGACAAAAAAGCCUCGGCGUCCGUGCUCUCGGCCGUGACGUCCAUCGCCUCCUGCUUCCCAAACGUUUUCCUGGCGAGCCGCUCCGAGACCGUGGUGUACGCGAGCUGGUCCCGCGUCCAGGCUGACCUCCACUGCAUGGCGGACCUCUACAAGGCCAGCGCCGCGUGGAAGUACUUCAUCAACCUGUGCGGACAGGACUUCCCCCUCAAGACCAACUUGGAGAUGGUGCGAGCCCUCCGUGCGCUAAACGGAGCCAACAGCAUGGAGUCUGAGAAGAUGCCCAAGGGGAAGAUGUGGCGGGUGCAAAAUGUUCACCAGAUAUUUGAUGGACAACUCAAGGGAGUGGGAAAGCCCAAAGAUCCGCCGCCCUUCAACAUUUCAAUCCUCUCCGGAAACGCAUACAUAGUGGUCAGCCGAGGUUACGUCCGCAGCGUCCUGGAGGACAAACGCAUCCAGGCGCUAAAAGCCUGGGCCGAGGACACCUACAGUCCUGACGAGUUCCUGUGGGCGACCAUUCAAAGGCUCCCUGGCGUCUCCGGCUCCACGUGGGCCAGCCCCAAGUACGACAUGAGCGACAUCAAUGCCAUAGCGCGGCUGGUCAAGUGGCAGUGGCACGAGGGCGCAAGGACCAUGAUGGACGCCGUGUACCCAGAGUGUCAGGGCAGGCACGUGAGGGCCAUUUGUGUUUACGGGGUGGGGGACCUGCAGUGGAUCUUGGAGCAGCAUCACCUCUUUGCGAACAAGUUUGACACAGACUUUGACUCCGUGGCCGUGUUCUGUUUGGAAAAGUACUUGAGGCAAAAAGCUCUUGCUGCCAUACAGUAGAUGAACAAUAUGUUCUUUUCAGGUUUUUGUACUUACAAGUCCACAUCAUACAGUACUUGGGAGACGAAUAACAAAUUAACAAUGAAAUUAUUUUCAUAUGUGUCUAUAGCUCAGAGAAAACCAGAAAGUCAAUUACAAACCCCGUUUCCAUAUGAGUUGGGAAAUUCUUUUAGAUGUAAAUAUAAAUGGAAUUUAAUGAUUUGCAAAUCCUUUUCAACCCAUAUUCAGUUGAAUAUGCUCCAAAGACAAGAUGUUUAUCAGUUUGAACAUCAAACUGAUAAACUUUUUUUUUGUGCAAAUAAUCAUUAACUUUAGAAUAUGAUGCCAACCACACGUGUCAAAUAAGUUGGGAAAGGUGGCAAUAAAUAUUGAUAAAGUUGAGGAAUGCUCAUCAAACACUUAUUUGGAUACAUGGAUGAUACAGCAGAGGAUUGGGAGAAUGUCAUGUGGUCAGAUGAAACCAAAAUAUCAAUAAAUCAAUCAAUGUUUACUUAUAUAGCCCUAAAUCACCAGUGUCUCAAAGGGCUGCACAAACCACUACGACAUCCUCGGUAGGCCCACAUAAGGGCAAGGAAAACUCACACCCAGUGGGACAUCGGUGACAAUAAUGACCCAGUGGGACGUCGGUGACAAUGAUGACUAUGAAAACCUUGGAGAGGAGGAAAGCAAUGGAUGUCGAGCGGGUCUAACAUAAUACUGUGAAAGUUCAAUCCAUAAUGGAUCCAACACAGUCGCGAGAGUCCAGUCCAAAGCGGAUCCAACACAGCAGCGAGAGUCCCGUUCACAGCGGAGCCAGCAGGAAACCAUCCCAAGCGGAGGCGGAUCAGCAGCGCAGAGAUGUCCCCAGCCGAUACACAGGCAAGCAGUACAUGGCCACCGGAUUGGACCGGACCCCCUCCACAAGGGAGAGUGGGACAUAGGAGAAAAAGAAAAGAAACGGCAGAUCAACUGGUCUAAAUAGAACUUUUUGGUAUGAACGCAACUCGUCGUGUUUGGAGGAAGAAGAAUACUGAGUUGCAUCCUAAGAACACCAUACCUACUGUGAAGCAUGGGGGUGGAAAUAUCAUGCUUUGGGGCUGUUUUUCUGCUAAGGGGGACAGGGCGAGUGAUCCGUGUUAAGGAAAGAAUGAAUGGGGCCAUGUAUCGUGAGAUUUUGAGCCAAAACCUCCUUCCAUCAGUGAGGGCUUUGAAUGGUUGACCAAAUACUUAUUUUCCACCAUAAUUUACAAAUAAAUUCUUUAAAAUUCCUACAA